CAAAUAAGUCUGUUGUCAGAUGAUCAUGAGAAACACAGGGGUUGACAUUGAGAUGAAGUUAAUCGGGGAUGAUGAGAGGACAGUAUGGAAAUCAGUGGUAUCAAAAGAUGUGUACAGCAACGACUCUCAUCCAAUAUCAUUAAUACUCCUUGGGAUUCCUGCUGAGGAGUUUCUGAAGAAACACAGGCCUGAACUCAUUCAGCGAGCCAAAAACCCAAAGCCAAUAGCAGAUGUUCUGCGGUCAAAGGGCAUGAUUGGUGAUGAAGAGUACUCCAGAAUAACAGCUGAAACAACUGAACAGGAGCGAAUGAGAGAACUACUGAAUGCAGUCCUCCCUAAAGGACCAGAAGUGAUGGGAGCUUGUCUCAAAGCUCUCAGUGAACAUGAACACCAUCUUGUUAAGCACUUGAGUGAAUCUAGCACCUAAUCUGAAGAUGCUGAGGCCUGUCUCUUAGUCUGUGGACAAAGACACUUACAUGAUUGUAAAGGAAGACCCCCCUGAAAUGGACACAAAUUAAUGGGAACAUAUUGGCACUGUACGAAACAUAUGCACGGUGUCCAAUACCACUCAAAUGUACGGCAUUUCAUUCAAAGCUUAUGUCAUAAGGCAAAUGCCAAGUGUCAUACAGCAAAAAUCCAAAAGAUGGCGAGCGCUCUCCACCGUAGAUUUUCAUAUUGCAAAUGCAUAUCAAGUCAAGACCCAAGAGUCAAAUUUAGAAAAUUAGAUUU